UCAGUAGUAUAACAGAAUCUGUUGGAUACAAACAUAAUACUGUUAUUAAGACAGUAAAUAUAAUAGUAAUGGCAGCGGUCCGAGAAUUGUCCCCUGAGUUAGCAGAGAAAGCUAGAGUGGAGCUAAAUGAAGAUCCAAAAAGGUUGAAAGAUGAUCUGCAGCAUCUUAAGGAUUGGAUUGCCAAGCAGCCCCAUUUGAGAGCGAGGACUGAUGACCAGUGGCUGGUAGCGUUUCUUCGUGGUUGCAAAUUCAGUCUGGAGAGAGCCAAAGAGAAGAUAGAUCUCUACUACUCUUGCCGAACCAACGCACCGGAGUUCUACAGGAUUAAACAUACCGAUCCGAAGUUCAAUGAAAUUCUCGAGUUGGGGACAAUGCUGAUACUGCCUAAAACUAUCGGAACAGAUCCUGUUGUUAACAUCGUAUCUCCAGGGACAUACGAUCCUGACAAAUACUCCAUUGUUGACAUUGUUUCUGUAGGAAAUGUACUUAUUAAGAUAAUGAUGAUGGAAAAUGACAAUGCAGUAGUUUCUGGGGGUCAAGCGAUACUUAAUUUAGAGGGCGUUACUUUUAAUCAUUUUUUGCAAAUGACCCCCUCCGUUAUGAAGAAAAUGGUUGUCACGAGUCAGGAUGCGCAACCAUUUCGCAUGAAGGGAACGCAUUAUUUAAAUACUCCUCCUGGGUUCGAGACAGUUUUCAAUGCUAUGAAAGCCUUAAUGAAUAAAAAAAAUCAAAGUCGGUUGUAUGUUCACAAUCAAAACUACGAAGAAAUGUAUAAACACAUCCCUAAGGAGAUUUUGCCAGCAGAAUAUGGCGGUAAUGGAGGAACCAGGAAAGAAGUAAUAGAGUACUGGAAGAAAAAGGUGCAAGAAUGGAGCUCGUGGUUGGAAGAAGACGAGAAAUAUGGUACUGAUGAAGCGCUCCGGCCCGGCAAGCCAAGAACUGCAGAGGAUAUGUUCGGUGUUGAAGGCUCCUUCCGAAAACUCGAGCCAGUGUCCGUUCGUCCAUUAUGUCCUGAGUUAGCUGAAAAGGCGAGGGUGGAACUGAAUGAGGAUCCGAAAAAACUAGAAGAUGGCAUACAGAUUUUGAAGGAUUGGAUUGCGAAGCAACCGCAUCUGAGGGCUCGGACAGAUGAUCAGUGGCUGGCGACAUUCUUGCGAGGAUGCAAGUUCAGCAUUGAGCGAGCGAAGGAGAAGAUUGAUUUGUAUUACUCUUUAAGAAGCGUUGGACAGGAUUUACGCCCUCUCAAACACACUGAUCCUAAAUUUAAGGAGAUUCUCAAGUCGGGAUCAACGCUAGUGUUGCGUAAAAUUGAAAAACCGGAUGACCCGAGAGUGAUCCUAAUAAGACCUGGUCAGCAUAAGCCAGGCGAAUUUACUCCGGCGGAUAUGAUGUCAGUUGGAAAUGUGAUGCAGCAGAUACUGUAUCUGGAAGAUGAUAAUUUCGUAGUGGCAGGUGGUGUUAAUGUUAUGGACUUAAGGUCUGCGAGUAUGGCUCACUUUGCCCAGAUGACUCCGGUACAAAUGAAGAAGAUGGUCGUGGCUUUUCAGGAUGCUGCACCUGUAAGGAUGAAAGCCGCACACUAUUUCCACGCACCUGCCGGAUUUGAGACAAUCUUCAAUAUAAUCAAAAACUUCUUGAAUGAGAAAAAUAGAAAUAGAUUGCACGUGCAUGGCAAAGAUUUUGACGCUUUGUACAAACAUAUUUCGAAAGAGAUCCUGCCUGCUGAGUACGGAGGAAAUGGCGGAACUAUUCAGGAAAUAACAGAUUACUGGGUAAAUAAAGUGGAAGAAUACAGUGACUGGCUUGAAGAAGAUAGCAAGUUCGGCACGGACGAGUCACUUCGGCCCGGCAAGCCGAGGACGGCCGAAGCCAUGUUCGGUGUAGAUGGCUCCUUUAGACAACUUGAUUUCGAUUGAAAAAUUAAAAUAAAAUAAAAUAUCUUAAUCUA